AUAUAAUUAAUUUUUUCUACAUUAUUAAUCAUACAUAAUAAAUCACCAUUAUUUCAUGUUUUCACCAAUUAUAUAGGUUAAUUUAUAUCUGUAGGUCUUGGUGAUGGUAGAAAAGAAAUGUUUUAAAAUUUGUUUUAAACUUUAAUAAUUGUUUCAAAUCUUGACAUAUGUUACCAAUUACAUAAAUUCAAAAAAUUAAUUUUAAGUUUCUAAAAAUGGAUUUAAAACAAUUAUUUUUGACACGGUCACAUGAUGGGUAUUUAGGAAAAGAGGAUAAAGUAAGCAUUUUAAAAUAAAUAAUAUCAUUUUUCUUGUUUAUUGUUUGGGUUAUUUGUUAAGUGUUUAAUUAUAAUUCUACUUUUAAUGUGUGUGUAGAUUCACUAUUCAUUAACAUAUUGAAGCAUUUUUAUAUUAAUUCAGUGUUAUGUAAAAUUAAAAAUAUUAGAAAAAAUGUAUUCUAAUUAAAUACUAAUUAAAAUAAAAUUGUAUUUUAUAGAUUCGAAUUGAAACUGCUUUAGAAACAGAAGAUGAAGAAGAUAAUGACUUUAUAAUCAAUGAAGAAUUAAAAAAUGUGUUGGCUAUAGACAAUUUGAAAGAAUGGGGUAGCAACAUUAAACUUACCAAAGGAAAACCCUUUUCUGGUCUUACUCCUUCUAUGUGGCCAGAAGAUAUUGCUGUUAGCUAUACUCAAUAUGACAAUACAUCUCCUCCUAGUACUCAAUGGUAAAUAUUAAAAUAAAUGUAUUAAAAAAAUCAGCAAACAAAAGAAAAAUGAUUCUGACCAAAGUUCAACUUAACCUUUUUUGAUUAAUUUAAAUUGAAUAUUGUAUUAUUUUGUUACUAAGUACAAAAUAAAUUUAAAUGAUUCUUAGUUUUUAUGAAUUUGAACACAAAUUUGGAUUUAAAAGGCUGAUCAAAAUAUAUAAAAAAUUGUAUUCACAAGCAAAAAAAAAAUUUAAUUAAACCAUGACUAUAAAGUAAUAUAAUAGGUUAAACAUGUUAAAUCUAUAUGAUUAUUUUUCACUGAAUUACAACAAAAAAAACAAAAGUAAAAAUAAACUGUUAUUCCUAAAUUAUUCUUGUUUUCCCCAUUAAGAAAAUUGCAAUAAAAGUUAAAAAAUAACUUCCUCAAUGCACAAUCAAGGCAACAUUUCCUACCAGAAACCACUCUUAAUGUUAAUGGUUGGAAUAAGAUUUACCGUAGAAAAGUUAUUCAUUUAAAGAAAACAAUUCUGCACAAUACAACCAAUGCAUUCUUCCCUUUGCUCAGAAUUUAAAAUUAUAAAUAUAUUCCAAUUUUUCAAAAGAUAAUACUUCAUAUAAAUUUAUUUAUAUUUAUUAUUUUAAUCAAUGCAAUAGAUUAAGUAUAAUAUUGUCUGAUAAAUAUAUACAAUUAAUUUUUAAAUCCUUUUAAAUAUAUAUAUUUUUUAAUUUCAUUUGCUUUAUUUGAAGACUUAAAUAAAAAUUAAAGUCUCUUUUUAUAUUUUGACUGUGAUAUACCUGAUAAUGAAUUUUUAAUUCAAAACUGGUCGUAUUUUACACUUUUAUAAUACACUUGUUAUAAUGCUCUAGGCGAUGCAUUGAUUCAUUUAUUUAUUUUAUUUUUAUCUAUACAUUUUUUUAUUUAUAUAUUUAUUUACGAGUAUUCACCAUUUUAAUAAUGUUGUUUUUGCUUUAUUAUUUUAUUAAAAAUUAAAUAUUUAUUUUAAAAAAUACUAAUUUAUAUAAUAUAUUUAUAUAUAUAUAUAUACUUUCAGGUUUGAUGAAUUUGGUUUUCGUAUUGAAAAUCACAGUGAUUUUACAAAGGACUGUUUGUUAACUGAUGAUGUAUAUGAAGAUCCUCAACAUAGGUAUUAAAUUACUUGUUAUAUACAUUUUAAAAUUUAUUUAUUAUUAAAUAAUAUGUGUAUUAAUGGUUAUUAAAGAAUGCAGUGGCUCUCUUAUUUUGAAAAUCUGUACAAAAAUGAAUUAUCAGAAAAAGAAAAAAAUACUCUUAAACACCAUUCCGAAAUAUUACAAUCAAUGGUACGGCAAGGUAUACCUCAUUCACUUAGACCACAAUUAUGGAUGCGAUUUUCUGGUAUAUAAGUAUUUAUUCAUGAAAAUAUGUUAUUGUUUACAAUGUUUUUUUUUAAUAUACAGAGUUAUUCUUUUACUAUUGAAUAGUCAUUAUUGCAAAACAAUUUUCUCGACAAUUUAAAAAAUUAACAGCUCUAAAAUAUUACAUUACCAUUAGUUUUUUUUACCCUUAUUUUCAAGAGUGAAACAACUACCUAUUUUUAUUAUAAGUAACCAUUUGAAAAUUAAAAGUAAGUACUAGUUUAACCUCCAUAAAUAAGGGUGACAACAAAUAAUAGUAAUGUUACAUUUUAGAGCUGCUUGUUUCUUAAAUGGUUAAAAAAAUUAUUUUGAAAAAGUCAGUACUUUUGAAACAAUGGAGUGUUUAAUAAUAUAUGAAUCACACUGUAAGUUUAUAAUAUAUAUAUGUUUGUUUUAGGUGCAUUCUUAAAAAAACAAUCUCAUAAUGUCACUUACAAAGAAAUUGUAAGAUCAUCAAACAAUGAUACUUUAGUAUCUUCAAAACAAAUAGAAAAAGACCUUUUACGCACAAUGCCUAGUCAUGUUUGUUUUAAUAAUCUCCAGAGUACUGGGAUUCCAAGAUUACGUAGAGUAUUGAGAUCGUUGGCUUGGCUUUAUCCUGAUAUUGGGUAAUUUACAAAUUUACAUUAAUUGCACAUAAAAUUAUAAUAAAUUACUAUGUUUAGUUAUUGCCAAGGAACCAGUAUGAUAGUGGCAUCACUUUUACUUAUCCUUGAAGAAGAAGAAUCAUUUUGGGUUAUGUGUGCUAUUGUUGAAGAUUUAUUACCUGCAUUAUACUACACUACUACUUUAAUAGGUACCAUAGAUUGUCCAUAAAAUAUGUAUGUUUAAUUCAUUUUUUUCAUUGUUUUUGCUGUAGGUGUGAAAGCAGAUCAACAAGUAUUGCAAACUGUUUUAGGAAAUUGUUUACCAGGAAUCUGCCAUCUUUUACGAUUACAUGAUAUAGAAUUAAGUUUAAUAACAGUAAACUGGUUUUUAACACUGUUUUCUAAUGUUGUCAACUUUAGAGUUUUAUUAAGAAUUUGGGAUUUAUUAUUCUUUGAAGGAUCAAUUAUUCUUUUUCAAAUCACAAUAGGACUUCUUAAAUUGAAAGGUAAUAUAUUUAUAAAAACACAAAAUUUAAUUAGUUAUCAGUAAAAUAUUCUAUAUUUUUCGAUAUAAAAAUGUCUAGGCAUUAUAAAUUAAAUUUCAAACAUUUAUAGAUGGAACAUUUAUUUUCAAUUCCAUAAACCGUGUAGUACUGUUGAAAUUUAGAGUACCAUUUAAAAAUAACAUGUAAAAAUGUUAGUUUGUUGCUUUCAAUAUUUAAAAAUAAAAAUGUUUCCUGUAUUUAAAUAUGAACAUUAUCAUGUUAUUUAGAACUAUAAUUUUUUUAUGGUAUAUCUUAUAUGUAUAUCUGAAAACGCAGAGCAAGUGUUAUAAAAUAAACUAUUGAAAUACAAAAUAUUAUUACUUUUGUGUUGUAAGAAUGUUUAAUAGUAAAGGGAUAGCUCAUUUUUUUCGCAUUCUCUAAUUAACUUGGCACUUUUAUGUUAUUUUAGUUAUAAAUAAUUGAAUGAUAUUUCAAUUUGGCCAAAUUCAUAAUAUUUUAUUUUAUUUAGUUCAUUUAAAUUUUUCAUGGGGACAUAGAGUAAAAUUUAAUCUAGAAAAUUAAAAUAUAUUGUAUUAAUCAAUCUAGAUUUACAAAUAUAGCAUUUCAAAUUAUAGUUAAUAAAAUUAAUACAAAUUGAUAAAUGGUUUGGUGUAUUAUAAUUUUCAGAACCAUUAUUAAAAACACUCGAUAACUCAGCUGAUAUCUUCAAUGCUUUAUCUAAUAUCCCGGGAAAUAUAUCUAGUAUUAAAGAAUUAUUUCAAGUAUAUACAAAUUGAUCAAUGCACUAUGUAUAUUUGUAUUAUAAGUUAUAUUCAUAUUUUUUGUUUUAAGGUAUGUUUUGAAGUAUGUCCUGAAAUUACAAAUGAAAAAAUUGAAGCUUACCGAAAACGAUAUUUAGGAUAUUUAAUGGCUGAUGGAGGAGCUUUAGUUCCACAUAUAAAUUCUGCAACAAACUUGCCCAAACAACAUCUUAAUAGGUUUGAGUUAAUUUAUAGUUAUUGAAAUAUAAUACCAUCUAACAGGCUGUUUGUUUUGGUGGUGUAAAAUCUUUAAUAGAAGACAAAUUCGAAAAUCAAGAUCUUUAAUGCAAGUAUUACUCUUUGGUGAUGAAAUAAAUGAAGACAACUCUAGAGUUACAUUAAAAUGCAAAAAUAUUCGCCAAACCGGUUUGUUAAAUAUUUUAAUUUAACAAAACAUUUUUAAUAUUAUAAUUAACAAGAUAUUAUUUUUAGAAUUUCUAGUUGAUUUAAGAGAAGCAAUAAUGCAAGUAGCUCGUCAUUUUGUUAUUGUUGAUCCUAAAUUGAAUAACCUUUCUUUAAAACCAGACUUUACCAAAGAAAGCCAUUCAAAGGACUUAGAAACAUAUGCAAAUGUUUCAAGAAAUAAAAAAAGAAGGGCCAAAGCACUUUUAGGUAAUUAUUAUUUGUAUUACAUAACUAACAUGUAAUAAUUUAUCAUAAAACUUAAACAGACUAUGACAAUUAUAGUUUGAGCCUAUCUAUGUUAAUUUUGAAGAAAUAUUAAAUAUCAUUAAAAACUUGUAAUUUAAUAACAAUGAUAAUAGUAGGUUUAAAUAUAGAUUGAAUUUAUCCCAUAGUGAUUAAAUUGACAUAAUUUUAUAUCAAUAAUCUGUUAUUGAGAAUGAUAAAACAGACUUUUAAAUGUAUUAAAUAGUGCCUUUUCUAUUAUAUAUCUAUUAAUUAAUAUGUAAUAUAUAAUUUGAUGAAAGAAAUAUAUAUAUAUAUAUUUGUAAAUAUUCAAUAAUUUAUGUAUAUUAUUUUAAGACUUUGAAAGACAUGAUGAUGAUGAAUUAGGAUUUAGAAAAAAUGAUAUUAUAACAAUUAUAAGCCGUAAAGAUGAGCAUUGUUGGGUUGGUGAAUUAAAUAGUUUGAGAGGUAAUGUUACUGAUUUAAUAUUAAAUAUUUUUAAAUUUAGUAAAUAAAUAUAUAAAUAAAAAAUAAAUAAAUAAAUGAAUAUAUCACCUGAAGUUUAUUUAUAUAUUUAUUUAUGAGUAUUAACUAUUUUAAUAAUUUUGUUUAUACUUUAUUUUUUUAUUAUUUUAAAAUUAUUAAUAAAAAAAUUAAAUCAUAAUAGGAUGGUUUCCUGCAAAAUUUGUGGAACUUUUAGAUGAAAGAAGUAAACAAUAUAGUGUAGCUGGUGAUGAUUCAGUAUCAGAAACGAUUACAGAUUUGGUAAGAGGAACACUUUGUCCUGCUAUUAAACAAGUACUCGAACAUGGAAUGAAACGUCCAUCAUUUUUGGGUAACUACAAAUAUUAAAUGUAUAAUAUAUUUUUAAAAAAAAAUUUGACCACUUUAACUGUAUGCGCUGAAUACAAUAAUCCAAUAGACCCUAUCCAUAUUUUACUUUCUAUAUACUCUAAAAAUUCCCUUGCAUAUUUUAUGCACACACAAUUAUUAAUUAUACAAAUGUUAAUUGGUUCAAUAUGUCAUUGUUCCAUGCGCUACACUAUACUAUUAUGUUAAAUAGUUUUUAUGUGCAAUAUAUUUCAGUACAAUCUAUUUAAAAGAAAAAUUAUUGGAUCAUUUAUUUUAACUAAAAAUUAUAAUUUUGAAAUUAUUUUAAUAAUAAAUAAGUAUUGUGUGCCCUUACAAUCAAGAAAAACGUUGCAUCUUUAACUCACAAAUGAUCCACAAUAGAGCAGUUGUCAAUUUUACAAUUAUACUAGUUCACGUUCAUUAUGGCGCAAGAAGUAUCUUUUAAUACCUAGCUUGACCACUGCACUUUUAAUUUUGUAUUUUUCUUGUCGGGAUGCAGAGACUCAGUUCUUUUUAGAGAAAUAGUUUUCUAAAACAUACUAAGAGGUUUAUCAAUUAUAAACCAGCCAACAACUUGAGAAAAUAUUUAGUAGAUAUUUUUUUUUAAAUAAACAUGUUUCUGAAUAUUAAAAAUACUCAAAAAAUUCCAUGUAGUGACUUUUAUAUUUUUACAUAAUUCAAUCCAAAUAAUAAUUUUAUAAAUAAAAAUAAAUUAUGCAAAUGUUAAUUAAAAACUGUACACACAAUUUUGAUCACAUAAAUACUUCAAAAAAAUGAUAGCAGUUGAAUCAAGUAUUUUUAAAAUUUAAAAAUAUAUUAAUAUGAUAAUUUAUUGUAUCAACAAAAUAACAUAUUUUGACAUUUAACAUUAUUAUUUAGGUGGACCAUGUCAUCCAUGGCUAUUCAUCGAAGAAGCCGCAAUGACUGAAGUGGAAAGGGAUUAUAGUUCUGUGUAUAGUAGAUUAAUGUUAUGUAAGACAUAUAGAUUAGAUGAAGACGGCAAAGUUUUAACUCCUGAAGAAGUAAAUAACAAUUAUCAUAUUAAAUACAAGCUUACAUUAAUCAUCUAAUGUCAUUAUAUCUUUCAAAUUUCAAAAAUCAACAAAAGUAACUUGAUGUUUGCUUAAGCUUUUAUAUAGGUGUAUUCAAUGUAUAAAUCAAAGUCAUGAUGCAGCUGGUUGUCAAAUGGAUGUAAAAUUGAGAAGCCUUGUUUGUCUUGGUCUUAAUGAACAAGCUUUACAUUUAUGGUUAGAGCUAUUAUGCUGUUCAGAUCAAGUUGUAAAAAAAUGGUAAUGAUUUAAAUAAAGUAUAGUUUAAAUACCUCUUUAUAUACUCAUUAAUAAUAAUGGUAUCAUUAUUAUUUAUUAGGUAUCAGCCAUGGAGUUUUGUAUGCAGUCCAGGAUGGGUACAAGUAAAAUGUGAAUUAAGAGUUUUAUCACAAUUUCCAUUUAAUUUAAGUCCAGAUUGGGAGCUUCCUCCGAAAAAAGAAAAUACUCAGACAUUAAAAGCUGGUGUUAGAGACAUGCUAGUAAAACACCAUUUGUUUAGUUGGGAUCUCUAGUUUUCUGUUAAGAAUAACAGAUUUAUUGAAUUUUUAUUUUAUUAUUUAUAUUUCUAAUAAUUCAUAGUUAUAUUUGUUAUGUUUUUUAGAUUCUGAGCACAGUGAAGAAUUUAUUGGUUUUACUAUGUAUUUUUUUAAACUUCUAAAAGAAAUAUUGAUUCAAUUUCAAGUGUAGUUUUUUUUGAGAACUAAUGUUAUCUAGUAGGUGAAUAGGUGAUUUCAAUUAAUUUUUUGUAGGUUCCUUAAUGAUUGGGAAGGUGCAUAAAUAGUGAAAAAUGUACAGUAAUAAAAAUUACUUUUCAAUUUUUUUUUUAUAUUUUGAAUUUUUCUAGAUCUAAUAUUUUAAAAAUAUUUUGACAAUUUUUGUGCUAUUUAUAGGUAUUUGACAUUUUCAAGUUUUUUGAUAGAUAAAAUAUUUCAAAAUUUAACACGAGGUUCAUCAUAAGUUGUAAUUGGUGGUAAAAAUGAAAAAAAGUCUGUGCAACAUAGUAGAUUUUCUUUAAACAUUUUCGGUUUCAAGUUUUGAUGAAAAUUACUAGAUUUCAAAAUAUGUUUAUUCAAGUUUUGCUCAGAAUAGGUUUUUGUUAGCAACAAUAAUUUAAGUAAUUUUAUGUAUCCUACCUUCCUAAACUUCUUACCUACCAUAAUGCCACGUUCAUCAUCAGUAUCAGUUUUUUUUUUUCUUUUGGUGUGAAUCAUUUUUAUUUUCUAAUACUUAAUAAUAUUACUCUGUAUAUGUAGUUAUAAAUUUAAAAUUUAAAAAUUAAAAUACUAAAAAACAAGUAUACAAAUAAAUAAUUGAGAAACUUGAUGUUGGACUGUUAUUUUAUUUCUUUAUCCGGGUAUUAAUAAUUAUUUCAAUGAAGUAAAUCGCUUUUAAAAUCAAUACUGAGAAAACAUUAUUAAAUAUUAUUAUUUUAAUAAUAUUGAAUUUGUUUUUAAAAAAUGUAGUGCCUUCAACCAUACCAUAAAUAUUUUUGAAUAUUAGAGUAUAUUUUUUACUCUAUUUAAAUUAUUGAUUCAAAAAAAUGUAAUAUUGUAAAACCUAAAUAAAAUUCUUUACUUCAUUCAGAAUCUAAAAUACACCUAACUUCUGAUUGUUUUCCUUUAUAAUAUUUAUGUAUAUAUAUAUAUAUAUUUAAAUGAAAUUAUGUUAUAAUUUUCUUUAGGUAAAUUUAUGGGACAUAGUUCAGC